AACGUCACACAAGUGACACAAGACAUUCACCAUAACAAGUCAAUGUCAAAUGAAAAUUGUAAUGAAUUACAAAUUUUAUUGAAUUUUUCAAUUUCUACUAUUGAAAUUAUCAAGCACUAAUAGCCAAGCAAUAUUGUUAAGUUUGGAAGUCAGAUAUGACUAUUUUGCCUACCAAAAGAUCAUCAGCAAAUGUUGAGGAAAAUAAGGACAACAAUCAAACUAAUGGUACUAAUGAUAGGAAUGUAAGAAGGAGGGAAGAUCUUAAUGCAAUUCAAAUUAAUAGCUUAGCAGAAACAAAUUCUACUUCGAGAAGAUCACCUUUCACGUUUGGGAGCAAUUCAUCAGAAAGGAAAGAUAGGUUACGUAAAAGAUUUAAGGAAUCUGAUCGUGUGAGAGACAGGGAGAGAGAGCGUGAACAGAAGAGGGAGGUUCGAAGAGAGCAAAAAAGGGAGAGAAUAGCUAAAAGGGAUGUAGGAUCUGAACCUCUCCACGACAAUUCCACUAGUUCCAACCAAGUGGAUGCCGGUGUUGUUGAGCCGACCAAAAAUGAGAACGCACUCAUUAUCAAGGAGGAUUGCACUGGAUUCAACAGCGAGGACGAAUAUGAUGAUCGACUUUUCAAUCAACAAUCUAGUAUUAGCAGUGAAGAAUGGCAAAAGAGGGAUGAUUAUUUCAAGAGGUGUAUGUCCAGUUUGGGCUUUGAGAUAAAGCAAAUGAAUGAAGAUGGGGCAUGCCUUUUUCGUUCUAUCGCUGAUCAAGUAUAUGGAGAUCAAGAGUGCCAUUUACAAGUUCGUCAAGAUUGUAUGAACUAUAUUGUAAAAAACAGAGAUUAUUUUGAACCUUACAUAACCGAAGAUUUUGAUAAAUAUAUUGCACGUAAGAAACAUUGGAAUGUCCAUGGUAAUCAUUUGGAAAUCCAAGCAAUGAGUGAAAUGUACAAUCGAACAAUCGAAGUUUACUGUUAUCAAAUAGAACCUAUAAAUAUAUUCAGCUCUCCAAGACUCAUAAAUUCCUAUGAACCCAUCAGAUUAUCAUAUCAUCGAAUGUGUCAUUACAAUUCAAUUAGUAAUCCCAACAAACCAUCGGUUGGAGUUGGGUUAGGCCUUCCCAAUUAUCAUCCUAUAGAUGUCGACAGACGGCGUUUCAAUGAAGCAAUAAGAGCUAGUGAAGAGUUGCUCAUAGAGCAGACCAUGCUGGAGGAUAAAAUCCUAGCAACGGAUUGGGAAGCCACAAAUGAGGCAAUCGAGGAACAGGUGGCUAGAGAAUCUUACAUACAAUAUUUUCGUGACAAUGAAAGACGUUUGAAAGCUCAGGGAAAUAAUCUAGCUAGUGGAAGUAGUUCAACUAUUACAUCUUCUAUGAUUUCAACAAUUUCAACGCCCAGGCCCUCCAGACGUGGUUCAGCAUCACCUAAAGGUGGUCAGUCACCUAAAGGAGGAAGUUCACCCAAAAAUUCUUACAGCCCUCAUGCGAGCCCUAGAAAUGCAUUACAAUCAAACAAUCAUCCACUUGUAGAGAAUAAUGUAGAUCAUUUAUCUCCACCUUAUGUGCCCACUGAAGAGGAAGCUUCUUUUGCUAAAAGAGUGUUCAACUCUCCCCGACGCAUGGAAACAAGUAGUGAAUUUAGUAUUGGGGAUUACUUAGGAGAUAAUGAAAUCAAAAAAUUUUGCGAUUUACAGCAAGCAGGACCAUCAAGUCUUGUAGAUAAUGGUUUUGAAGACUAUGAUCAGGAAAUAAUGGCUCGAGUAAUGGCAGAAUCACAAAAAACGUAUCUUGAUGAAUUGAAGAACAAAUCAAAGAAGAGGUAUGGAUCUCCAGGACCUUCAACUUCAUCAUAGCUCAUUCCUCUAUUAAAAUGAUACGGUUACUACUUAAUAUAUAAUGUUUUCUAACACUUAAUGACAUAGAUUUAUGUACUUCUCCUUGCCCACUUAAUAAUUUCGCAAGUAGGAAUUCAUAUUUAAUAAUAAUUAGAUUUUUCUAGAACUAAGUUUUAAGUUGGUCCGAUUCUACUUCAUAUUGAAAUUUGUUAUUUACGUACAUGUUGUGAUAUUAUAAUUUUGUAUGAUGAUUUUGAUCAUAGUAAUGAUGAUUUAUUCAAUUCAAGAAAUUGAGCCUUGUUUUAGUUUUAACUUUAUAUUUUGUUAUGAAGUUGGACUUUUAAAUAUACUCUUAAUAAACAUAAUUAUAAGUGAAA